GAGGUGCUGAUGAUGCCUUCAACACUUUCUUCAGUGAAACUGGUGCUAGAAAGCAGGUCCCACUUGCUGUCUUUGUGGAUCUCGAACCCACUGUCAUUGACGAGGUGAGGACUGGAACCUACCGUCAGCUAUUCCGCCCUGAACAGCUCAUCAGUGGCAAGGAAGAUGUUGCCUGCUAUUUUGCCCGUGUUUGUGCAAUUGGAAAAGAGAUUGUCGACCUGUGCUUGGACCAUAUCAGAAAGCUUGCUGACAAUUGCACUGGCCUUCAAGGGUUCCUUGUCUUCAAUGCUGUUGGCGGAGGCACUGGUUCAGGAUUGGCUUCCCUGCUCCUGGAACGCCUAUCUGUUGACUAUGGAAAGAAAUCGAAGGUUGGCUUCACAGUCUAUCCUUCUCCACAGGUCUCCACUUCGGUUGUGGAGCCUUACUACAGUGUCCUCUCCACCUACUCCCUGCUUGAACGAACUGAUGUUGCUGUACUUCUAGACAAUGAAGCCAUUUAUGACAUUUGCAGGCGCUCUCUUGACAUUGAGAGGCCCACCUACAUCAACCUUAAUCGCCUCGUCUCUCAAGUGAUCUCAUCCUUGACCGCAUCACUGAGGUUUGAUGGUGCUCUCAACGUGGAUGUCACGGAAUUCCAGACCAACUCGGUUCCUUACCCCAGAAUCCACUUUAUGCUUUCCUCCUAUGCUCCUGUCAUCUCAGCCGAGAAAGCUUACCACGAGCAGCUUUCUGUUGCUGAAAUCACCAACAGCGCCUUUGAGCCCUCAUCAAUGAUGGUCAAGUGUGAUCCCUGCCAUGGAAAAUACAUGGCGUGU